AUGGUUAUGGAUCCAGCACUGAUGAUUGGUCAGAAAACGUUGCCGCAGCUCGAUAUGGCGACCUUUGGCGGGUCAUUAAUGCUUCAACUCGCUUAUGGAUACAAGCCUCGAGAUCCUCAAGACAGAUUCUACACGGAAGUAAAAUUGGCAACACGUAAUAUCGUAGAAGCAGCCAUGCAAACAAACUUCCUUGUAAACGUGUUCCCGGUCCUGUCAUAUAUUCCAGACUGGUUUCCUGGGACAGGCUGGAAGUGCAUAGCAAGAGAGUGGAAGAUGCAACAAGAGAGAGCAAAAAAUGAGCCUUACGAAUGGCUCAAAGCCCACGUUGCCAGUGGAACUUACCAGCCUUCUAUCGUUAGCUCUUUACUUCAAGAUCAUAAAUUGUUAUCUGGGUUCAGCUCUCUGGAACAAGAUAAACGACUAAAGGAAAUUGGUAUCGUGUUGUUUGGAGCCGGAACUGAUACCGGCACUCGUGCUACAAUUAGGGCUAUCGGUCGGGAUGUUCGUCACUACGAAAAUCCUGAAGUGUUUAAUCCAGAUAGAUUUAUGAAUCCCGAAGUUCAACGACCACCAGUGUUUGGGUGGGGAAGACGUAAAUGUCCUGGUGUUUAUUUUGCCGAAGUUUCGGUCUUCAUCAUAGUUGCUUCGAUGCUCGCUACAUUCACCUUCUCAAAGAAAAGGGACGCUGGGGGCCAUGAAAUUGUACCGCAAGUAGAGCUAGAACGUAACUCACUUAUCACUGAGCUCAAGCCGUUCGAGUUUGAGUUGAAGUUGAGAUCAGAAGACCACAUGCAGCUCAUAAUUGAAGCCAAUCCUGACACGGAGUGA